AUGGGUGCCCUGAGGUGGCUUUUUUGGGUUGUGCUGAGCUACCUGAGCUGCUGUAGUCUUCCCUGGGCAGAGGCACAGUUCCCCCGUGUCUGCAUGACGGUGGAGGCCAUUCGGUCGAAGCGCUGUUGCCCAGCCUUGGGGCCAGAUCCAGGCAACGUGUGUGGGUCCCUGCAGGGCAGGGGAUGGUGCCAGGGUGUGCAGGUGGACACCCAGCCUUGGAGCGGUCCCUACACCCUUCGAAAUGUGGAUGACCGGGAAAAGUGGCCCCUCAAGUUCUUCAACCAGAGCUGUUGGUGCACAGGCAACUUUGCUGGCUAUAACUGCGGUGACUGCAAGUUUGGUUGGACUGGCCCUGACUGCAGUGUGAGGAAGCCACCAGUUGUCAGGAAAAACAUCCAUUCCUUGACAGCAGAGGAGAGGGAGCAAUUCUUUGAUGCUCUAGACCGUGCAAAGUCUACCAUCCACCCAGACUAUGUGAUUGCAACUCAGCACUGGAUGAGUUUGCUUGGCCCCACCGGAGAGGAACCACAAAUUGCCAACUGUAGCAUUUAUAAUUACUUUGUUUGGCUUCAUUACUACUCUGUCAGAGACACGCUCCUAGGGCCUGGCCGCCCCUUCACAGCUAUUGAUUUCUCCCAUCAAGGACCUGCCUUUGUAACUUGGCACAGGUACCAUUUGCUGUUGCUGGAAAGAGACCUGCAGCGACUGAUGGGCAAUGAGUCCUUUGCGCUUCCCUACUGGGACUUUGCUACAGGUAGAAACACGUGUGAUGUGUGCACAGACCAGCUCUUCGGAGCACCGCGGCCAGAUGAGCCAGGGCUGAUCAGCCUGAACUCCAGAUUCUCCCGGUGGCAAAUAGUUUGCAACAGCUUGAAUGUUUACAACCGCCUGGUGACACUGUGCAAUGGCAGUGAUGAAGGACUGCUCCAACGAAGGCCGCCGAGGGACUCGGGUGAACAGCUGCCCACUGUGGAGGACGUCAGGAGAUGCCUUUCCCUGCAUGAGUUCGACAGCCCUCCGUUUUUCCGCAAUUCCAGUUUCAGCUUCAGGAAUGCACUGGAAGGCUUCAAUACACCAGAGGGAGCCCUGAACUCGCCAAUGCUGAACCUCCAUAAUUUGGCUCACUCUUUUCUGAAUGGAACCAGUGUUCUCCCUCACGCAGCUGCCAAUGAUCCCAUCUUUGUGGUUCUUCACUCCUUUACUGAUGCCAUCUUUGAUGAGUGGAUUAAGCGGUUUCAUCCCCCUGACAAUGCCUGGCCUGAGAAGCUGGCUCCUAUCGGUCACAACAGACUGUACAACAUGGUCCCUUUUUUCCCUCCUGUAACCAAUGAUCAACUCUUCCAGACUGCAGAGCAGCUUGGCUACACCUAUGCCAUUGAACUGCCAGGUUCACUUGAAGAAAGCCAAGCGUGGGCUGCCAUGGUUGGAUCCACAAUUGGAGGAACGCUGAUAGCUUUGGCUGUGCUUGUUCUGCUGCUUGUACUUUUCCAGCACCGAAGGCAGAGAAAAGGUUUUGAACCACUGAUGAAUGUGAGAUUCAGCUCCAAAAAGUACAUGGAAGAGGCCUAGUGCCUUGGCUUUGUUCCCUUGCUCAUUCUGCUGAGAAGUGACCUUGAUUGAUUUAUUCAAAUCUGAGCAGAGUUUAGCCAACCUUAUCACACACACCUUUGGCAGCUGACUACAUUGUUCUCUUUCAGUUUUUCCAGUUAUCUUGUGAAUUGUGAUAUAUGAA